GAGUGCACAUGUAUAUACACAUACACCUAAACACAAAAUAAAUAAAUAUAAUAAAGUGUAAAUAAUAACAUUAACUGCUUAAAGACUGUCAGUGUCUCACCAAGAGUUACUAGCAGUCAAUAACAUGUUAUUGAUUAAUGGUAUUAAACUGGUUGACGGUAAGAAUUCAGUCUAUAGAGUAUUGCAUAUUUAGAAAGAAUUUGUUUCAUAAAAAUAAACGUGGCUUACACAAGAUUCACCAUUAUAAAAGCCCCAAACGCUACAUUGGUACCUUUAAUAGUCUAUCAGGCUCCGUGUACUUAACUGAAAACAGUAUGCUUUGCAAAGACUAUCAGUGCAUUAAAAAAUCUCUGGCGACACUCUCCUCUCUUUUGCAAAGACUAUCUCUGAAAAGUUUUGCUGAAUUGAUAAAAUACACAGAGAAAUUAAAAUACCAAAUAAAGAAGUUACUUCAAUAAACUUGCAGAAAGGUAAAGAUCAGAGUCCACUGGUUAAUGAGGGUAAAAAUGCACUCACUUAUUGGAUACAACAGUCAGGCCUGAGUUUAGUAGUGCCAUACAGUGAAGUCAUUGGUAGCAUUUUUCUCCAAAACUGGAAAAAGGAAAAAAGUACGUCUUGUGAAGUGGAAAAUAUGAAUAAAUAACGAUGAAACAUUCAUGAAAUGAUAAUAAACAAGAAAAUAACAAAACUAAAGGAAAAUGUGGAUACCUGGUUCCUUCAAGCAAAUUAAAAGUCCAAACAAGAGCUCUGGGGAUACAUAGCUGCACGAUACGCAGUUUUACAAGACAACCUCUAGGCGCCGCUGUUGACCAAAGAGAAGAGAAAGGUUCCCUGUUCCGCAGGGUCCAGCUAGGGCUUUGCCUGCUUUUUCCUGCACCUAUGAGAACGUACGUCCGGCUCCUGUGCACCCUUGAAGCGCCUGACAAAUCCUGCCUUAAAAUCACAAACAUCUAGGGCACAGACUGUCUUCUUUAAAACCUCGAAAAGAAGCUUCCCUGCGAGCUCAGAACGGCAGAGCAACCCCAGAGGCGUUGAAACGAUGGCAAAUCAGGUACUGCUUCACUUUCUGAUGCCUUUGUUCUGGGGCGCCAUCUCCCAGCCUAUCCUCUACUCCAUUCCGGAGGAGCUGGCCAAGGGCUCCCUGGUGGGGAACCUCGCCCAGGAUCUGGGGCUCAGUGUCCAGGAACUGCCAGCUCGAAACCUGAGAGUUAGUGCAGAGGAUUAUUUCAGCGUUAGUGCAGAGGGUGGGGAUUUGUUGGUGAGUGGCAGGAUAGACAGAGAGAAGAUUUGCGGGAAGAAACCUGAGUGUGCACUAGAAUUUGAAUCGGUUACUGAAAACCCGAUGAAUAUUUUCCACGUAAUUGUUGCCAUCCAAGAUAUUAAUGAUAAUGCACCACAUUUCUUUGGGAAAAGCAUUGAAUUGGAGAUCUGUGAGUCUGCCUUACCAGGAGUAAAAUUCCCUCUGGACUCUGCACGAGAUGCAGACGUGGGAGGCAACUCACUGAAGAUGUACACUAUCAGCCCCAAUCCACACUUCUCCUUGUCAACGAAGGAAAGUCCGGAUGGAAGUAAAUACCCAGAAUUACUGCUGGAAAAACUUCUAGACAGGGAGCAUCAGAGCUCCCAUCACUUAAUCCUGACCGCCAUCGAUGGCGGAGACCCACCCCUAAGCAGUACCACCCAGAUCUGGAUCAAAGUCACCGACGCCAAUGAUAAUGCUCCAGUGUUCAGCCAGGACAUUUACAAAGCUAGCCUCCAUGAAAACAUGCCCCGGGGAACCUUCGUGCUGCAAGUGAGAGCCACAGAUCAGGAUGAGGGUGUUAAUGGAGAGAUCACCUAUGCCUUCCUUAAUGGCCCGGCAAGUACUAACCUCAUCUUCAGUCUCAACCCAAAUACUGGAGCUAUCACAACUAACGGGACACUGGAUUUUGAAGAAAAGAGCAGAUACAUGUUGGGUGUAGAAGCCAGGGACGGAGGGGUGCACACAGCUCACUGUAAUGUGGAGAUUGAAAUUCUUGACGAGAAUGACAACGCCCCAGAGGUGACAUUCAUGUCCUUUUCUAACCAAGUUCCGGAGGACUCAGCCCUUGGAACAGUAAUAGCCCUCAUUAAAGUUCGAGACAAGGAUUCUGGACAAAAUGGUCUGGUGGCAUGCCGUAUUCAGGAAGAACUUCCCUUCAAAUUACAACCCACCUCCAAGAAUUAUUACAAGCUGGUGAUAGACAGGGCCCUAAACCGGGAACAGACCUCAGAGUACAACAUCACUAUCACAGCUACCGACAGUGGCAAGCCAUCCCUUUCAUCCAAGACACGUGUGACUGUGCACAUCACAGACAUCAACGACAAUGCACCGGUUUUCCACCAGGCCUCCUACCUGGUCCACGUGGCUGAAAACAACCCACCUGGAGCCUCCAUCGCUCAAGUCAGCGCCUCUGAUCCCGAUUUGGGAUCCAAUGGUCACAUCUCCUACUCCAUCAUAGCCAGCGACCUAGAGCCAAAGGCACUAUCCUCUUUCGUUUCCGUGAACCAGGACAGCGGAGUGGUGUUCGCUCAGCGCGCCUUCGACCACGAGCAGCUGCGCUCCUUCCAGCUGACUCUGCAGGCGCGCGACCAGGGCUCGCCCGCGCUCAGCGCCAACGUGAGCAUGCGCGUGCUGGUGGGCGACCGCAACGACAACGCGCCGCGCGUGCUGUACCCCGCGCUCGAGCCCGACGGUUCUGCGCUCUUCGACAUGGUACCGCGCGCCGCCGAACCCGGAUACCUGGUCACUAAGGUGGUGGCUGUGGACGCAGACUCGGGACACAACGCCUGGCUGUCAUACCAUGUGCUGCAGGCCAGCGAUCCCGGGCUCUUCAGCCUGGGGCUGCGCACUGGCGAGGUGCGCACAGCGCGUGCCUUGGGCGACAGGGACGCUGCGAGGCAGCGCCUUCUGGUCGCUGUGCGCGAUGGUGGACAGCCACCGCUCUCGGCUACAGCCACGCUGCACUUGAUCUUUGCUGACAGCCUGCAGGAGGUCCUGCCAGACCUCAGUGAUGACCCUCUGCCCUCUGACCCCCAGAGUGAGCUUCAGUUUUACCUGGUGGUGGCCUUGGCCCUGAUCUCAGUACUCUUCCUUCUGGCGGUGAUUCUGGCUAUAGCCCUGCGCCUGCGCAGCUCCUCCAGGUCAGCUGGCUGGGGCUGCUUUCAGCCUGGUCUCAGCUGGAAGUCUCAAGCUGUGGUUCCUCCCAACUGCAGCGAGGGGACAUUGCCCUAUUCUUAUAAUCUAUGUGUUGCCUCGCAUUCUACGACUACAGCGGGAUUUAAUUUUCUCCACGUGGCACCAGAGGUUGCUCCCCCUCAGGAUCUCCUGUGUGAUGAUCCUUCUGUGGCUGUAUGUGGCAAUAAUGAAGAUCCUAAAAUCUCGUACGACUCUUCUUCUCUUCAGGUAAGUUUCUGCCGAGCUACUUAAAUAUUAUUUCUUGUAUUUGCUUCUUGGUCGUGCACAAAUUAAUCAGUUUGGGUCUUUUUUCAUAGUUUGGGGGCUAUUUAUUGAGAGAAGCGUUGUGGAUACAUAAAGAUUAGUUUUUGGUUACCUGGUCAUCUUGGAAAUGACCUGAUUACCAGUUCCAGUCCUUACUAUUGGUUGUUUCUGCGUAACUAGCAAAUCUUGCUGCAGACUGUUUCCUAUAGGUCAACAUCCUUAAUAACAUUAGUUCCCUUUCUUACUUGAUUUGUGAGGCUGCUUUUUUUUAAAAAAAAAUAAUCUUUAACUUUUCAUAAGCAUAUUGGUAUUUCUUUCUGCCUAAAUUAAAGUUUAUGGUCAUCUUCACCAAUUACCUUUUCUCACUUGAACAACUUUUCAUUUCAACACAUCUGUAAGUAAGUCUGUUAGCCCUUAUUGUCUUACCACGAGUACCAAAGAGUACCACAUUUUGUAUUUGAAUCACUAACUUUGGGCCAAUAUUAUUCUCACUUAAAAUCUCACCCAAAUUUCUCUUUUUAACACUUACUUGUGGGGAGUGAGGCACACAUGUGCCAUGGCAAGCAUGUGGAGCUUAAAGGACAAUAUGGGGGUCAGUUUGUUCCUCUCACCCAUGGAACCCCAGGAUCAAACUCAUCAGAUUGUCGGACUUGCCUGUAAGAGCUUUUACCACCUGAACCAUCGUGUUGACCCCUCCACGGAUCUUUUGACUAUUGUCUAGUCAUUUAUUUUAUGCUCGUUCUACUCUGUCACCACUGUAGUAAGGACUGUGAUGAUCUAUUUAUGAAACAUCAUAUCUUUCCUGUUAUUUUAAUAUAAUUCCUGUGAGUCGAAUCUGCAAACAUUUUGACAUUUUAUGCAUAUUUUCGGUUCUUUUCAAGACAUCAUUUUUGUUUUGUUUUGUUUUGUUUU